GAGGCCAAGACUAACAGAUAUAGACAUACACAUUCUGGGCAAUCUGAACAGGGGAAAGGCUUGAAGCGACACUCAUACACUGUUUGGGAAAUUCGACGAAAUCCUUCCAAUACUGAUACAGGUAUUCCUAUCUCAAGUGACCACAAACAAAUAGAAACAGAGGGGGAAAAUUAAACCUUUGGUGUCUCUUCAAAAUGUGCAUCUGGAUGGUUGAAGUUCUCUGUGUCCUGAUGUGUUUGGGAAAUCAUCAGGCUCAAGAAGCCAACCCAGCCAUCUCCAUGCCGGACAGAAUCAGGGUGGCUCUGGCAGGAGAAAAGGUCCUUUACAAACUCAAAGUGACCAUCCCAAUGAAUCAGAGCUCCAGCAACUUCGUCUGCUCUGGGCCUCCAGAACAAAAGAAGAUAAAAGAAUGGAUUAUUCUCUUUUCUCCUGAAACAAAAACAAAAACAUUUCAUUUGGAAAUAUCAGCAUAUAACAGUUCAUACUCAGGAGAGUAUAACUGCAAGUAUAAAAAUGUGGAGAUCUUCUGGACCCUUCUGGUGAAAGACAAGGGGUACCGGCAGCUUUACUCUGGUUUCAUCCUUUUCAUCGUGUUGGGGGCUCUUACCACAGGCCUCCUCAUCUUCAGUGUGAUCGGCUCCAUAUACGUGUUCAAAAGCCAAUGGAAUGGAAGUACCGGUAGUGGAGUAAGCGGAAGGAAUAGAGGGGAGAAUGAAGAGGAGGAGGAGAACGGUAACACAUCAGUGAAUGCAGCUGCCUCUGCUCCAGUUUACGCUAGUCUAGAGUCUCCGCCAGCAUCUGUCUAUGAGGUCUUGACCCCAGGAGCACCAGCAGCAGCAGUAAACCGUGAAUCUGUCCAGAGGAAAGGAAAAGUAAAGAGAAAGUCAAAGGAAUCGAUGGAGAAUGCAACGCCGCAAGGGGAAGGAAAAUUUGAAUGUGUCUAUGAGAAUUUCUGACCUACUGGUAUCUGCACUGUGUUUGGGAAACUAUAUGCCUAUAUUUUCCUGAUUUUGCAAUAUCUCUUGUUCUUUUACACAGACCUAAAAUCACGUAUGUAUUUUACCCUGCAGCUUCGUGACUUAUGUUGAAAAUAAACUGCUGUGUCUCUGGUUGUUGUCAUCA